AGUGCGCAGGUGCGUGGAGGUUUAUGAGAACGCCGUGGUGGGGUUUCUUCAUUCGAUUUGGGGACACUGGGCUUAAACGAGCUGCGUCGCCCGCGCCAAGGUGCAGUAGUUAAACAAUGUCCCAAUCGGUUGGGUGUACGCGUCACGGUUAAAAACGCGAACGAGAAGUUCGAGAUCGUUUAACGUUUCGUUAUGAGGCUUACGGGAUGAUUAAACGGUUCGCUUAAACGCGUUUGUGUUUCCGCGUGUCCGUGCAUUCGGUUUGCUUCAUAUUUCACAUCGUGUCCUGCAGGAACGUCCGCAGGAUGGCCGUUGAACCUCGCGUGACCGGGAACGCGAAGCCCCUGGUGCCGCUCUUCACCAAGGCAUCCGAUUGCGUCAACACCAGCUGCUACUGCGAGGAAAAUGUUUGGAAGCUCUGUCAAGAUGUGGCGACUAGGCAUCCUUCCGAAUUGCAACAUUGUCACGUUGUUUUCGUAAGCAACCCACGACGAAGCGUUCCCCUUUGGCGUCAACGAUCGGGGAAGGAUGAAGACAAAUUAGUUGUAUGGGAUUAUCAUGCUAUUCUCAUCUACGCACCCGACGAAAGGGCGGUGGUGUACGAUUUAGAAAGCUGCCUGCCGUUUCCUACGCAUUUCUGGAAGUACGCGACCGAAACCUUCCGAUCUGACGAGGCCCUGCGGCCCGAGUAUCACAGAAGAUUCCGUCUGGUGCCCGCCAACGUGUACUUACAACAGUUCGCAUCAAAUCGACAUCACAUGAAACGCAAGGACGGUACUUGGAUCAAGACACCGCCAGAUUAUCCUCCAAUAUCGACACCAACUUGCAAGGAUAAUCUCGACUCAUUCAUCAACAUGGAACUAGGAACCGGACUAGGCGUUGUAAUGAGUUUGAAACAAUUAGUUAACCGAUUUUAUAGGCCAAAUGUCAACACACAGGCGCCGACGCCGCCUCAACCGCAAGCUACAGCAACUUAAGUCGUGAAUUGCAACGCGAUGUUUGUACGCUUUGAUAAAACAUCUUGGAAAUCAAUUGUAUGGCCUAAGGAAAUUGGUUUGGUGCAUGUCACCAUCGUGGGCUAAAAUACUUGAGCAAAAUUUGAUAAUAAUGUUAGUUAUUUGCUGCUAGCUACGGCAGAAUUUCAAAUAUAAAAUCGUUGUAUUGCUAUUUGAGCAAGGUUUGCUCAGAAACUGAGCUGGGACCGAGGUUUUAACAAAAUUAAAUUUAUUAUGUGUGACACUUUUGUCAAAGUUUCGUUAUACCGUCGUGAAUGGAUGUUUUAGAUAAUUCAGAUAAGUUUCAUCAAUUGUUAUUUAUUAUUUUUCUUGUUUCUCUGUUCUGGCACGAACAAAACUUUACGCAUGAACCUUCGGGUAACGUGAAACCAAUGAGUAUAUAAAAUUAUUAAUGCAAGUAAUAAUUAUUUAUCUAUUUAUUAAUCGAGAUGUUCCGAUUCUUAGGUAGAAAGAUUUAAAAAUCUCAUGUUUUAUCACAAUCAAAACCUAUGUAUAUCGAUACAGAAACAUGUACUUUUUGCAAUAUAAUAACGGGAUUGACAUCUUAUUCUCCAAUCGAGUAAUUUGGCUUGCCGCGCAUGAAGAACGAUUCUGCUGAGCUUUUUGAAUACUCUCGAUAAGUGCUUAUGCAUCGUAUUAAUGGGCUCCAUCGAAAUCCAUUUUCUAUCUUCUACUAAAGUUCUUCGCAGAAUUUAUCCGGGAUGGGGUGCUCUCCUUCGGUAAAUGUAGCACAUUCGAUCACAUAUUUCCGAACUCAAAUAUUUUAUAUAAGUACUUUCGUCUCCAUGCCAUAAAGCGAUAUUUCUCACGGCUUUACUCUGUCAGUGGUGUUAUUAUAAUUAUUGUGUCAAAGACUGAUGAUGUAUUUACAGAGGAUUAUCUGACUUGAUAGAGAUCCCUUUGUCUAUCGAUGCGUGCUCGAAGCGCGGGACGCAAUUAAAAGCGCUUAUAAUUACUGUGCGAUCGAUGUAGUAAGGUCGAAAACUUAAUCUUUGCGACGUAAUGUAAUUAUUACGAUUAUUGUAAUUCUUGUGAUACUUUACACUUUCUACUUUGAAUACCUACGCUAUACUUACCUUACUGUUUAUACUAAAAGUCGAUUCUUAAGAGAUACAUGUUCGCUUGUUGAGCAGCUUCCAUAAUUGGCGUAUUAACUUGAAUGAAUAUACAACAAAUCGUCACGCGACCAAUUGUUAACAUCGAAGAAUUUGUUGACUCAAUGAACACAUGUCGCUUUAGUGACGAUUAAAUUCUUUAUCUGUUCUAUAAAUAAGCACAAAAUAUGUUCUAUCAUCUUCUGUCCAUUUAACAUUAUUUUUCGAUAUUCCGUAGAUAUAUUGAAUAUCUUAU